AUGUCAGAAGUAUACUGCCUAGAGCCGCCCUGCCGCGGCAGGGUGAUUUUACACACCAGCGAAGGCGAGUUAGACAUCCGCCUGUGGAGCUCGCAGUGCCCGAAGGCCGUGCGCAAUUUCGUCCAGCUGUGCCUCGAGGGCUACUACAACAACUGCAUCUUCCAUCGCAUAAUCCCGCAGUUCAUGGUGCAGACGGGCGACCCGAGCGGCACGGGUCACGGCGGCGAGUCCAUCUACGGGGAGCCGUUCGAGAACGAGAUAAUGUCUCGCCUGAAGUUCCGCUACCGGGGGCUCGUUGGCAUGGCCAACACCGGGGGCAAGCACUCGAACGGCAGCCAAUUCUUCAUAACGCUAGAGCGCGCCGACUGCCUGAACGGCAAGUACACCCUGUUCGGCAAGGUCGAGGGCGCGACCGUGUACAACCUCAUGAAGAUAGGGCAGGCGGAGGUUAACCCUGCCAACGACCGGCCCACCCACCCCCCUAGGAUCAUCCGCGUUGAGGUGCUGGCGAACCCUUUCCCGGACAUCCAACCGCGCCUGCUGGCGCUGCACGAACAGCAGGGCGACGAGGAGGACGAGCAGCCUGCUGAGAAGGAGGUAGUGUCCGUGAGGAAGGCGUGCCUGCUGUCGUUCGGCGGCGCCGGCGACAGCGAUGACGAGGGAGCCGUGCCAGUCAGGAUCGGGAAGAAGGCGAAAAGCGCCCACGAGCUCCUGCAGGACCCCAAACUGUCUAAGCAGUCCGUGGUGCUGCGCGAUGUGGAAAGGGCAGGAGCGGCCGAACCGGCAACUGCCCGGGACGCGCCUGAGGAAGGGCACGACGAAAGCGCUGAUGAACAGUCCCAAUCAAGUGGUGACGAGGCGGACGACCGCCGGCGGGAGAUCGAGAUGCUGCAGAGCCAGCUGCGGUCGAAGAAGCGGGGCGCCGAGACCGCGCUCAAGGGGCACGACGGCGCCAGCUACAUGACCCGCAAGCAGAUGAAGCUGUCGGGUGCGAAGCCCAACGUCAUGGAGCGCUUCGCAGCGUUCACCAAGCGGCUGGGCAAGCUCACCAAGGACUCCGCCCUGGCGGCCAAGGCGCAGCAGGAAACCGAUGAAGACCUCGCCGAUGGCUCCUGGUUCGCGGGACGCAAGCUGCAGUUCUCUGUGGACUCCGUUAAGGCCUACGAGGUCGACGCUGCCAAGGACACCCUCACGGUGUUCGACCCGCUGCAAGGUAAAGACAACAGCCUGGGGCGCCUGAGCGCGCUGCGGAAGGACGGAACCAAAGGCCAUCCGGGGGGCGGCUCCCGCGACAGACGGGAGCGGUGA